AUGUCAUCAUUUUCCGGUUUUCGGGAAGGGAUAAACUUCCUGAAGCGUAGAUUCAGCUCAAACGAUUUACCAAGUGAGAGCCAAGAUGAAGCUGAGCCCGUCGCCACAACAACCACAACAACAAAUACUUCUACUGAAACUAACAAAACGGAAGCAACCACCACAGCCAACGACAUUCCAACAACAACAACAACCACGUCAACAACAAGUUUGUUUGGUAGAAAUACCAGCAGCCAGCAGCAACAACCUCAGCAGCAGAGGACAUUCGGAAUAUUUGAUAAACACGUUCCUACUACGACUACUGCAGCCUCAAACACGGCUGCAACGUCGACAACAGCCACUACUGCCACUUCUGCGCAACAAGUUGGACUGCUAUCGAAAAUGUUGCUGGUGGUGGAUGAUUCUCUUGACGUUGUAUGGUACGUCGCUCGCAUUCGUCUCAUUGCCUCUCCUCAGUGA